UCUCCCACUCCAGCACCACUGUGUCCUGUCCUCUCUCUCUUUCUCUGCUUUCUCAAAUUCUCAGCAUCAUUCGUUUAUUUUUUUUUUUCUUUCUUUCUUUCUCUCAUCAGUUUCUAUUCUUCUUUUAUUCUUUCUUCUUCCAUUAAAUUAAAGUUUUUUAGCCUUUAAAAAUUAAAUUCUUGGAUGUUUUUUGUUUCUCUGCGUUUCACAAAUUCAAACAAACCCAUCUUCUUCUUCUUCUUUCUCUUAAGAUUAUGAAUCUUUAUAUUGAUUGAUUGGCUAGCUUCUCUUCGAUUAUACAGGAUCUGAAGUAAAGCUAGGGUUUGAUUUAUUUAUUUUGACAAUUUGUAAAUCGGAUUACUUUUUUUGAUGGGCAAUCUUUAAAGAAGAGAGAUUUUGCCUGUUUCUGGAAGUUACUUAAAUAUUCAGAUGAAUUGAAUCUUUGACCAUGAUCAGAUCAACCAAUCUGAUUCGUAACUCAUUUUUAUCUCCAAUUAAUAGACAAAAAGAUCAUAGAAUCUUCAUCAAAUAUGUAAACUCUAUCCUCUAGGAUUUAUCUCUUUAGACUUGGUUGACUAUUUAGGGAGUACCAACUCAAAUCCCUAGCGUUACCAACUCAACUCCUAUUGGCUACUCAGAACCAUAGUUUCCUCAAAACAUCUCACUUUCUCAACUUUGUCUCUAGUUGGAUUGUUAUAUGUAUUGCUUAGGACAGCUUUGUCUCGGCUCUUCAUAGCUUUCAGGUCAUUAGUUUCAUUUAUCUGCAGGUUUCUUACUGAAAGUUGAAUACUUUACACUAUUUAUUUACACAUAAACUAAAGAAGAUGUUGGGAGGAAACAAUGAGAACCCUGUGCCGCAGGUUCUAAUAAACGAUAGCCAGUUUCAGUACCAGACUAACACAUCGUUGAAUCAGCUUCACUUGCUCGGGACGAUGAGAGCUGGUUGUACUAUUGAUCCUGUUAACUAUUUUGCUAAUGAUAACCUUGCUCCGAUGAUUCGGCAUAUUAGCAAACGUGGAAGGGAAACCGAAUUCAACGAUAAUAAUAUCCAGAGACAGCAGAAGCUGCAGAUCUCCUUGAACCAUAACUACAACAACAAUAGUAUUAUUGUUCAAGAUGAAGUCCCAAAGCAGAACUUAGUGUCAACUGGUCUGAGACUAUCGUACGACGACGAUGAGCUAAACUCUUCUGUAACUUCGGCUAAUGGAAGCAUCACAAAUCCAGUCUUUCAGUCACUUGGUGACAAUAUCAGAGUGGACCUCGAUAGACAGAAAGACGAGCUUGAUCAGUUUAUUAAAUUCCAGGCAGAUCAAAUGGUUAAAGGUGUGAGAGAUAUAAAACAGAGACAUGUAAAGUCAUUUGUCACAGCCUUAGAAAAGGAUGUGAGCAAGAAGCUUCAAGAGAAACACCAGGAGAUUGAAAGCAUAAACAAGAAAAACCGGGAACUCGUGGAUAAGAUAAAACAAGUGGCAGUGGAAGCUCAGAACUGGCAUUACAAAGCAAAGUACAAUGAAUCUAUGGUUAAUGCCUUAAAGGUAAAUUUGCAAGAAGUGAUGUCACAUGGAAACGACAACAAUGCAGUAAGAGUAAUAGCUGAUCAUCAUCAAAUGAAAGAAGGGUUUGGGGAUAGUGAAAUUGAUGACGAGGCAGCCUCAUACAACUACUUGAACAUCCCGGGGAUGCCAAGUGCUGGGAUGAGAUGCAAAUCUUGUAACAUAAAAGAGAUUUCGGUCUUGCUCGUGCCGUGUAGACACUUGAGUUUGUGUAAAGACUGUGAUGUGUUUACUGGUGUUUGUCCUGUUUGCCAGUCUUUGAAAACAUCAAGCGUUCAGGUCUUCUUCUCCUGAGUUGUCCUAAUACUCUUGGAAAGUUGAUGAUGGAGAAACAUGGACAUAUUUUGUAUAUGAUGAUGAUAUUGAUGAUGAUGAGCUCAACAUGAAAAAUUUGCUUGAGGAUCUUUA